AUGUCGAUCCAUGAGGUCAAACUUCUUCAUCACAUCGAUGACGGCCAAACCCUGAUUAAGCGUUUAUCCAGCUUUCUCGCUCAGGCUAACGGCAGACCGCACCCUUCGGAGACUUUCGAGGAUACGAGGGACGCCUUCGAAGUCCUCUGA